AUAAUGACGUUCUCAUGCUGGCCACUGACUGCUGCUGAGUUUCACUUUCCUUUCUUUCAAACACAGAUGCCACAGAUCUCGGCAGAACCUUCUGUCUCCAAACUGUGGCUGCUGGAUCCAGCUAAGACUACAUUUAAGCUUCAUCCAACUCUUAAAACCAGAUACAGAAAAUCAUGGCAGUGACAACGAGAUUGACAUGGAAUGAGGAGAAAAGUCUGCAAAAGCUGCUUGGAAAUGUUUCCUUGAGACUUCUUCAUAAGUCUAGUGUCCAUGGACAUACAAAUUUUAGUUUGCUUGAUAGGUGCCAGCUUCAGGGAUCUACUAUAACAAUUCUUUACUUUUAUAAUAAUAUUAUUGGGGUCUUUAUACCUGGGCAUUAUCCUGAACCAGGUAAAGUGUUUAGAGAGCCAAUCCCCUCCUUCUGUUUUUCGUUUCAAAGGAAUAAAGCUACAGAAAUGGCAAUUGCAGUUCUAGAGGCAGAAGUGAAAAUUGCUUCUGGGCAACUGACAUUUUGUUCCUUUGAUCAAGAGAUGUUCUGUAUAGAUUCAAGCAAAACCAAACUUUCUAUACAUCCUUCGUUAAGCUCUGAAUUAGGAGUACAUAUCUCCUCUGACCUCACUUAUUUGGAAAAUGAAGUCUUUCGAGUUGAAGGAAUUAAGGAUGAUACAACCUAUAUGCGCAAGGUAACAAGAGCCUCAAAGCAGAGGAAUCGGCUUCUAGCAGAGCUCAGAGCCUUCAAGCCCAAAGUAGACUUGAUUUCAGAAAUUUGUAUUCUCUUGCUGGGUCCAGUUGGAUCUGGAAAGUCUAGUUUUAUCAAUUCAGUGAAGUCUGUUUUCCAAGGCCGUCUGACUCGGCAAGCCAUAGUGGGGUCUGAUGACACCAGCAUUACUGAACAGUAUAGGAUUUAUUCCGUUAAAGAUGGGAAAGAUGGCAAAUAUUUGCCAUUUAUGUUGUGUGACUCCAUGGGGCUACAUGAGGAAGAGGGAGUAGGAUUGUGUGUGGAUGAUAUACCCCACAUCUUAAAAGGCUGUGUGCCAGACAGGUAUGAGUUUAGCCCCCAUAAAUCAAUUACGCCAGACCAUCCUAUGUUCAUCGCCUCUCCGUCACUGAAGGACAAGAUUCACUGUGUGGCCUAUGUCUUAGAUAUCAACUCUAUCAGUUCUAUCACCUCUAAGGAGGUGGCAAAGUUCAAAGAAGUUCAAAAAGAGGUCUUAAACUGUGGUACAGCACUUGUGGUCUUGCUUACUAAAAUUGAUAAGUGCAGUGAAAUUCUUCAAGACAACUUUUUAAACAUGAAUAAUUCUAUGACGUCCCAAAGCCAGAUAAUAAAAGUCAGCAAAAUGCUAGAUAUUCCUAUUUAUAAUAUCUUUAUGGUUGAAAAUUAUGCAUCAGAGUUGGAGCUGGACCCUUUAAAGGACACUCUGAUCCUGUUUGUCCUGAGGAAGAUGUUACGGAUAGUGGAUGACAUUUUAGAGGAUUUGCCUCUUGAAACAGGGAGGAAGGCUGGAAGAAAAUGAAAUGCCAGAGACAAGAAAUGGACAUAAAGGAGGGAGAAUGUUUCAUUUAUCUCUGGAUGAAGAUAUGAAUUUAAGGGAAUUAAAAAAAGCAAAUAUUU